UGGACAGCCGCCACUGCGUUAUCAUCGUCUUCGAACGCUCGCGUGUAUCCCAUGUUUAUUUACGAGUGAUACCAACAUUCCUUCUAAUCGAAACUCGGGUCACGAAUAGAGUAUACUACCGGGUCUUCGUGCAGGGAAAUGUAUCAAGCAAAAGGGAAAGGAAAGAUUACAGAUACUCAUAUCUCAACAAAUUCUCAAGAAAACUGGUCAUCCUAUUCGAAGAAUGAUUUCACAAGCAACUUUAAUCUCGCCAAAAUUUUAUAAAAGACAUUUCUGAAAAGUUUCAAACCUAACACCAUGUUGCCUUCGUCAAAGCUUCUCCACGAGAAGUCAGAUUCUACGAACGGAACCACUAUUUUUAAAACGCCAACGAAUACCAGAAUCUCGACCAACGAAUCGACCAUGUUACCCUCGUCGAGACUUCUCCACGAGGAGUUAUCAGAUCCUGUCAACGGAACCACUACGCCCAAGACUCUAACCAAUACCAGAACCUCGACGAACGAGUCAACCACGUUACCCUCGACCACCGUCGACGAAGUCGUGAGGAACGAUGACGAUCCCCCGCCUUACAGCCCGAUCGCGCCUCCGAAUCACGUCGGCUGGCCGUUCGACUUUUCGGGAAAUCGGUAUUCCGCGUACAACACUACAACCUAUACGGCUCCAUUGGCCCCGUUCCAAACAAGCCUAACUUCGCCUGGCUUCGGUUUCCAUACCGAGAGAGCGGAGGAGCAUGCAUCGAUUUCGAUGCCUUGCAGGCUAUUUAUGUUCGGUUCUCGGAGAUCUUUGUUUCCACACGAUGGUCCGAUGUUCACGGAUAACAUAUCAAUUAAUAAGGAGGAUAAUGAAAGGACACGUAGAUAUGGUGCCAUUUUAAUCGGAGCUGCUGUCAUUAUUUUUCUUAUGGUCCUUUCAUUGCUCGUGCGACUAAUCAUGGAUAAAAAUCUUUGGCGAAGUUAGCCAAGAUCAUGAAAUGUCGGCAAUAUGUGAUGAAAUUCGCUUCAGCAAUUUUUGUUAUCCUGGCUGCGAUCGGUCCUUUGAACGCUUAUAAAGUCCCAGCCAUUGGUUCUGGUGCCCUCGCCAAGGAAUUGCAAGACUUUGUAGAUUUGAUACCGAUCGACCAAAUAAUGGAAGUGACGAAAACGUACUAUGCCCAAGACACGCAAUUCCGUAACAUUAUUCAAUUGAUGAAAAGUAAAGAAUUGAAACAAUGGGUGCUAGACAUCGAAUCGGUACCCGAAUUCAAAUUACUGUUAAAUUACAUGCAAAAGAACGGUCUCGAUAUUUAUUUCUUGGUUAAUGAAUUCAACAAAUCAUUGAACCUUCCACCUGUUGUCAGUGGAAUCAAAGCCCUUUUCGGUUCUUUCGACAAUAAAAUCACCGGUGGCUUUGUCGGUUAUUUGAUUGAUAUUUUAACUUUAGUACCGAUAAAUAAAAUUCUUGAUUUGUUCGAAGAGAAAAACAAAAAUUCCGAGGUAUUCAAGAAUUUCAUAGCAGAACUACGUUCGUCUAAAUAUUUUGAUUUUUACGACAAUAUUUUCAAGGAUAAACAUUAUAAGAAUUUAGAAGACGAAGCCGUACUUUUAGGCGUAACUAGAGAUGAAUUCCAAACUUAUUCUUUUAUCUAUAUUUUCGUUGCGGCAUCAUUGAAUUUGUAAAUAACAAUGAUUUUGAUUAAUUAUUUUAUUGAUAAAUGAGUUAAUUCAUUUUUAACUUAUGUAGAAAAUAUGUUCUUUUUCUAAAAAAAUAAAGUA